AUGCGACGUGCCACUGGAGGAUGGCACAUCGUGGGCUGGAUCAUCGACCUGCUUAAUACGCUCGAGAAGAACAUGAACUUCACUUGCUCCGUGACCCCGUCCGUUGACCGGGAAUUCGGUGCUCAGCGGCCCGAUGGUUCGUGGUCCGGAAUAAUCGGGCUGGUGGACGAUGGUCAAGCCGACAUCAUUGUGGCCUCCCUGGACAACAUCCUUGCUCGCGCUGCCGUGGUCGAUUUCCUCAUCACCGUCGAUGUGACGAGGUUCGUGAUGGUGAUGAGACGUGCCUACAAUAUGGACGCGGCGUGGACGAACUACACGAGCGAGUUUAGCGCCGAGGUUUGGGUGGCGCUGGCGGCACUGUUGUGCUGCAGCCCUGACGAGACCAGACGACCGUCGUACCUGGAGAUUUGUAGCGUCGUCAUCGCGGCACUCGCUGCCAGAGGUUGCAACUGCUCUACAACUUCCAUCAGCGGUCGUAUGGCCUGGAUCACAACCUUGUGCUGCGCGGUGCUGGUGUCGGCGCACUACAACAGCGCGCUGUACUCAAUAUUAACACUUAAUAAACCUUACUAUCCCUUCGAUGGAUUCCAGUCAUUGCUGGACCACGGAGGGUACACGCUGGGUGUUAUCACAGGGGGAACUUCUCUGGAGACUGAACUGGAGGAAAACAUCGACACAACUGCUCACAGAGCCUGGAAUGAACUCGCGAAGCCUCGUGGUCUUGUGACAAGUCCUGCAGAGGGACUGAGGAAAGCUCGAGAGGAAAAUUACGUGUUACUGAUAAGUGAAACGGAAUUUUACGGAACUAGCAACGAUGAGUGCGACUACACCGUGCUGCCGGGAAGUUUUUUCAAGUUUCCCUCAGGAUUUGCCGUCAAAAAGGGAUCAGCUUUGGGACCCCUUUUCAAUAAGGCUUUAUUGGAGAUCAUCAAUACUGGAGUAUUGCCGCGCAUCAAACGAUAUUGGAACAUACCGAAACCUGACUGUCGACACCUGGGCGUGUCUGCUAUGACCAACAAGCAGAUGAUGUCUGCAUUCUGCUUCCUAGUUUUGGGCUUAAGCUUGGCAGCAAUCAUCACGGGCUGCGAGAGGCUUCUGAGGAAAAUACACAAAUAGCAACGCACACUUCCGCAUUUAUGAUCACUAUAAAUUCUUUAGUGCAAAAAUUCGUGAAUUCUUACCACAUUCUUCUUCCUUGCCACUGUUUUUUUUUAAUAUUGAUCAGAUCUAGAAUAAAAGGUCCUAUUGAAAGGAUCACCCCUGAGCAGAGCUUGGCAGCGCUACUUUGAAAUGUAGCGGCCGCU